UUUGCUUACAGAGCCUCUUUCUCUGUCCCAUUUCUCAGUCCACUUUGCAGCCAAUAAAAGCCAUUUUAAAAAUCCUGCCGAAGCCAGGAGGGAGCAGCGCAAAAGGUCACUGGCCAGUCCAGAGCAGAGACGGUCUCCGGACAAUUUGCCAGAUAGGAAAAUAUCCUCCGUGGGCAGAGAAGAGCCCAGCCCUUCCUCACUUUGGUGCGCGAACCCUGCUGGAUCUGCACCUCCUGCUCCAAAAGCCGCCACCAUGAAAGCGCUGCUGGUCGCCUUCCUGGUCGAAGCCUGUCUCUCUUCUUUGGUUCCAGAAAAGGAGAAGAACCCCCAGUACUGGAGGCAUCAGGCCCAGGAGACGCUGAGGAAGGCCCUGAGCCUGCAGGCGCUCAACACCAACGUGGCCAAGAACAUCAUCCUCUUCCUUGGCGACGGCAUGGGUGUCUCCACCGUGACCGCCGCUCGGAUCCUGAAAGGGCAGCUGGAGAACCAGAGUGGGGAAGACGCCCUUCUGGAAAUGGACCGCUUUCCCUACGUGGCGCUCUCCAAGACUUACAACACCAAUGCCCAAGUCCCCGACAGUGCCGGAACGGCCACUGCCUACCUAUGUGGAGUGAAAGCCAACGAAGGGACCGUCGGGGUCAGCGCUGCGGUGACGAGGUCCCAGUGCAACACAACCGCGGGCAACGAAGUGACCUCCAUCCUCAAGUGGGCCAAGGCGGCAGGGAAAUCUGUGGGCAUCGUUACCACCACGCGAGUGAACCAUGCCACGCCGAGCGCCACCUAUGCCCACUCCGCAGACCGGGACUGGUAUUCGGAUAACGAGAUGCCUCCGGAAGCCAUCCAGCAGGGUUGCAAAGACAUCGCCCAUCAGCUGUUUGAGAACAUCCCAGACAUUGAGGUCAUUAUGGGCGGCGGGAGGAAGUACAUGUUCCCGAAAAACACCAGCGACGUGGAGUAUCCCAGUGAGGACAAAUACCGGGGGACGCGCCUGGACGGCAGGAACCUCAUCGAGGAGUGGAGGCAGAGGAAGCCCAAAGACCAGAACGCCCACUACGUCUGGAACCAGACGGAGCUGAUGAAGCUCGACCUGAACCAAGUAGAUUAUCUGUUGGGCCUCUUCGAGCCCAUUGAUAUGAUGUACGAGCUGAACAGGAACAACGAGACGGAUCCUUCCCUGACGGAAAUGGUGGAGGUGGCCCUCAAAAUUCUCCGGAAGAACCCCCACGGCUUCUUCCUGCUGGUGGAAGGGGGCAGGAUUGACCACGGGCACCACGAAGGGAAAGCCAAGCAGGCGCUGCACGAGGCGGUGGAGAUGGACCGAGCCAUCGGCCUGGCCGGCGUCAUGACCUCCUCCAAGGACACCCUGACCGUGGUGACGGCCGACCACUCCCACGUCUUCACCUUCGGAGGCUACACUCCGCGGGGCAAUUCCAUCUUUGGAUUAGCCCCAAUGCAGAGCGACAUGGAUAAAAAACCUUUCACCUCCAUCCUCUACGGAAAUGGACCUGGGUACAAGGUGGUGGCCGGUGAGAGAGAAAAUGUCUCCACUGUGAAUUUCACUGACGUCAACUACCAGGCUCAGUCGGCCGUCCCUCUGCGGAUGGAAACGCAUGGCGGCGAAGACGUGGCGGUCUUCGCCAAGGGCCCCAUGGCUCACCUCCUUCACGGCGUCCACGAGCAGAACUACAUUCCCCACGUCAUGGCGUAUGCCGCAUGCAUUGGUGACAAUCGAGACCACUGCCUCUCUUCCGGCGCCCCUCGCAGUCUCCCAGGAGCCCUCACGCUGACUCCGACCCUCUUCUCCUUCCUCCUCCUCCUCUGGCUUUUGUUCUGAGGCCUCCUCUUCCUCGCCGGCCUCAACUCCUCGCUCUGUUGAACAGUGCCAACGGGGGAUCUCGCUGCGCUCGGAAAUUUCCCGCAUGGAUCCCGACUCAGGAUUUCGCACGUCUGUCGAGGUGCAGAGCACUGAAGUCCUCCUUUAUUAGAUAUGUUGAGGAGCCGUUUUCUGCCAUAAAGAGACCACCCAGUGGGCAGCAGCCAGACCCUUCUCCUCCUGGCUGGAAAGGUCUAGAGGUCCAGGACAAGGGUGGGAUAUCUCUGGGAAGUCCCUGUUUCGGACGUGGCAGGAUCCGUGCCAGCUGUCAACAACUGGACAUGCUGGGCUGCUUGGCUCUCACCGUUUCCUAGACAAAGAUAAGGUUUUGAGUUCCCGCAGGCAGGACAGGAGCACCUCUGCCUUUCAGCCCGUCGGUUGGAGCUUUUUAAAAACCUCAACAGAACAUUUCCACCGUUUUUCCUAGAAAGGUGUCUUUCCUUCCCUUAUUAAGCCUUUCUAAAAGUGACGCAGGGGGUGAAAGAUAAACCUGCCACUUGCUGCCUGAACUUCCUGUUUGUCCGAAAAAUCUCUGUUUUUCCUUCCUGAUCUGCCUUUCACCAAUUUAUAUUGUAAUUACAAAUUUAAGACCUCCAUCCUGAUUUUGGAUAAAACAUGAGGAUGAAUUUUCCA